UAAAGAUCCACAACUACAAAAAUUCUUGUCAUACUCGUUAGAAAUUCAAAAGAGGCAGCAGGUCAAUUUACUAAAUAUCAAGCGAGCACACGAUGAAUACAGAAGAACACAAAUUAAAUUAGCCACAUUACCAAUUCCAAGAGAAUCACCGUUUGUACCAAACUUUAUGGUUAGCGAGAAGCUAAAACUAACAAAAAACUACAACCUUAUGAAAUCUUAUGUAGAAAGUAGCAUAAUACCUCAAAUUCAGGAUGACUGGUUGCAAAAUGUUUUGGCGAAAACUCCACCAAAGCUAAAAAUUGGAAGAGAAUACAAAUUAAAUGAAAUCUUGAUAGAAGUUAAAGAACACUUUUUGGAGAGCUUGAGAAAAUCUUUGACUUCUCAGACUUUAAAGCGGCCGAAUCUUCCUCAAUUUUUGGAAGAUGAAUUCACUGGCAAAAGGGAAUUUUCAAGUAUAAUAAGUUCUCAUCAGUCGUGGCAUUCCGAUCUUGUUAAGUAUAAAAAAGAACUUGUUUCUCAAUUAAUAAUAACACACCACCACAUGCAGAAGAUUUUAUGUUUAUGCCAUCAAGAAUUUUCCAAUAUGAGAUUAACUAACGUUCUGAGAUACAGAGAAUUGGGAGCUAUCGAUUUUGGUGAACUACGAACCUUAGUACAAAAAGAGAUAGACACGAAAUGUGAAUACCUGCAGCAUAAUUGGUACCCGAGGGUACUCAAAUUAUUCUCGGACAAAAAUUCAGUACCAAAGUUGAAGACAAAAAAUCUUGAAAAAUUCUUCAAUUGUGUUUCAACACUAUUAUCUAUUCAGGUAAAGCAAUUUUUGCAAAGAAAUCUGUUGGAAUGGGUUGAAAUUUUUGACGAGGAUCACAAAGAAUACCUUCCGAUUUUGAAAAUGUACCUGACUUAUGAAGAUCAAACCAUACAUUUCUAUCCUAGUUUCAGUGAUCUUGAAGAUUUAAUAUUUUUAAUUACUGGGCUCAUCUCCAAUUCUCUUCAGAAUAUUCAAACAGUCCAAAGCUGGUUGAAUUCAUCACCGAUUCCAAUGUAUAUAGAAGCGAAAAUUCCAACUGAUGUUUAUGAAAUGUGUAAAGAAAAAUUAAAAGAAGCUGUAAAGCGUUAUUUUGAAGUACCACAACAAUAUUUAACUAAAGUUAUUGUUGAACCAUAUUCAUUUAUAUAUGAUGGUAGAGAAGCUAAGAAGGUGGGAGAAUUUCUAGGAAGUAACAAACCAUUUAAGCAAUAUUGUGAAUACAUAAAUAAAUUGCAUGAUUUAGCAAAUAAAGUAAUGAAUUUACCAAAUACCGAAUAUUUUGAUUUAAUACAACUUGAUUGUGGAGAUGUUAAAACUGGCUUAUACAAAGAAUGUCAUCGAUUGGCGAAAUUAUUGUUAGAUCGAGUAGUUUCAGAUUUCACACGAAAUAAUGACGAAAUCUGUGCAACAUUUGAAGAAAUCCGGGACCGCUGUCAUACAGUACCACAAAAUAGUGAAGAAUUAAUUGAUAUGAUUCAGUAUAUGGAAGAAGCUCGAUGUCAGGGUAUGAUUCGUAUGACAGAGAAGAUUUCAUUGACUAUGGAAUAUUUAAAUUAUUUACUCGAUGUAUAUUUCUUUAGUCCUGAGGAACUAGCCAAGAACAGCGCUGUAUUAACAUGGAAAACACGAAUUAUUCCUGAAUUCGAUGCAAAUGACAAAUUACAAGAACGAAUGCGUUCAGUUGGUGAAGCAGCUGUUGUAGCAAAACGUGAAAAAUUAAUAGCUGAAUUAAAUCGAUUGAAAAAUCGUGUUGAUGAAUUUAAUGAUUAUGGUGAAAUAGAUGCUGAAAUGCAAAAUCAAUAUGUUCAAGAUGUUCGAGAAGUUUUAAAACGUCUUCAAGAUGCAGAAAAUGAAAAAAUAUGGAUUAAUAAAGAAGAGGAUUUAUAUAAACUUCCAAUUAGUAAUUAUCCUGAAGUAGAAGAGAUUCGAAAUUUAGCUGAACCAUUUCUCAAAUUAUUUACUACUGUAGUUAAGUAUACUAAAUCAGAAAGACGUUGGCUUUAUGGUGAAUUUGAUAAGUUAAACGCUGAAGCAAUCGAUGCUGAAGUAGAAGAAUAUUGGCGUGAAUUAUACAAACUCCAGAAAUUUUUCACAGCGAAAUAUAAAAAAAUGACUAUGGAAGCAGAUGAAAGAAAUAAAGCACGAAAAAAGCGACGUCGUUUGGCAAGUAUUGACACAGGUACAACAGUUCCAGAUGUGACAAAGGAAGAUGUUACUACGAUAGUUGAACAGGAAGACGACGAAAUGGAAGAGGUUAAACCGCCUGCAGCUUUAAAUAUAAUUAAAGAUGUUCAAAAUGAAAUGAAGAAAUUUAAGGAAAAUAUACCAAUUAUUGCGAUAUUAUGCAAUCCAGGUAUAAGAAAACGACAUUGGGAUAUAAUGUCACAAAUAGCUGGUAAAGAUUUAACACCAGAUAGUGGUACAUCAUUAGCUAAAAUGCUUCAAUUAAAUUUAGAUUCAUUUAUGGAACAAUUUGCUAGUAUAUCAAGUGGAGCUAGUAAAGAAUUUACUUUAGAAACUAAUAUGAAUAAAAUGCAUGAUGAUUGGACUGAAAUAUCAUUUAAUUUAAUUCCAUAUCGUGAAUCUGGUAUAUUUAUACUUGCCUCUGUUGAUGAUAUACAACAAAUGUUAGAUGAUCAGAUUAGUAAAACACAAACAAUGCGAGGAUCACCAUUUAUUAAACCAUUUGAAAAAGAAAUUAAAGCAUGGGAAGAACGUCUUCUGCAUAUACAAGAAACAUUAGAUGAAUGGUUAAAAAUGCAAGCUCAGUGGUUAUAUCUAGAUCCGAUAUUUAGUUCAGAAGAUAUUAUGCAACAAAUGCCUGAAGAAGGACGUCUUUUUCAAGUUGUUAAUCGUAAUUUCAAGGAUAUCAUGAAAAAUACAGCUAAAGAUCCAAAUGUUUUGAAGGCAACUGAUUUUCUUGGAAUAUUAGAAAAAAUUAAAGAUAGUAAUGGAUUAUUAGAUAAAAUUAAUAAAGGUUUAAAUGCUUAUUUAGAAAAGAAACGUUUAUAUUUUGCAAGAUUUUUCUUUUUAUCUAAUGAUGAAAUGUUAGAAAUAUUAUCUGAAACAAAAGAUCCAUUACGUGUACAACCACAUUUAAAAAAAUGUUUUGAAGGUAUAGCUAAAUUAGAAUUUGAUAAACAAUUGAAUAUUAAAGCAAUGUAUUCAAGUGAAGGUGAAAAAGUUCAAUUUAGUCAGUUACCGAAUCAAUUAUUGUUUGAUUUCCUAUCGUGUUUACACGUUAUCUAUCCUAUCAAUUUAAUAAGUAAUAUUAGUUCACUUUAUGUUAUAUUUAUCAGCAGUCAGAUUAACAGAGGUAAAUGGGAAUUAAAUUCUAAUUUUGUACCCUUUAAUCAUAUGCCAAUAAGUACAUCAGAAGCACGUGGUUCGGUGGAAAAAUGGCUAUUACAAGUAGAAAAGAUAAUGCUCAUGUCUGUUCGUGAUGUGAUAGCAGCUGCUAGAGAAGCUUAUGAUAAAGAAGAACGUGAACUAUGGGUAUGUCAAUGGCCUGGACAAGUUGUACUUUGUGUAUCACAAAUUUAUUGGACAUAUGAAGUACAUGAAUCACUUAUAUAUGGUAUAAAAGGUUUAAAAAAUUAUUAUCAAAAAUUAGAUCAACAAAUGAAUACUAUUGUUAAAUUAGUUCGUGGAAAAUUAAAUGCACAACAACGUAUAACACUUGGUGCAUUAGUUGUUAUUGAUGUACAUGCACGUGAUGUUGUACAUGAUAUGAUUAAAUUAGGUGUUACAUCAGAAAAUGAUUUUAAUUGGUUAUCACAAUUAAGAUAUUAUUGGGAAAAUGAAAAUGUUCAGGUCAAACUUACAAAUGCUAAAGUAUCAUAUGCUUAUGAAUAUUUGGGUAAUUCUCCCCGUCUUGUCAUUACUCCACUUACGGAUCGAUGUUACCGAACAUUAAUUGGUGCUUAUCACUUGAAUUUGAAUGGUGCUCCAGAAGGCCCUGCUGGAACAGGUAAAACAGAAACGACAAAAGAUUUAGCCAAAGCACUUGCUGUUCAAUGUGUUGUAUUCAACUGCUCGGAUGGCUUAGAUUAUAUUGCUAUGGGUAAAUUCUUCAAAGGACUUGCUUCUUCUGGAGCAUGGGCUUGUUUUGAUGAAUUCAAUCGUAUUGAACUUGAAGUUUUAUCUGUCGUAGCCCAACAGAUUCUUUGUAUUAUACGAGCUAUUCAAUCUCACUUAGAAACAUUCAUAUUUGAAGGAACUGAAUUAAAUUUAAAUCGUAACUGUUACGUGUGUAUCACAAUGAAUCCUGGUUAUGCAGGCCGAUCUGAAUUACCAGAUAAUUUAAAAGUUUUAUUUCGUCCAGUAGCUAUGAUGGUUCCAGAUUAUGCUAUGAUUGGUGAAAUAUCACUUUAUUCUUAUGGUUUUAUGGAUGCACGUAGUUUAUCUGUAAAAAUUGUUACCACAUAUCGUUUAUGCUCAGAACAAUUAUCAUCUCAAGCACAUUAUGAUUAUGGUAUGCGUGCUGUCAAAGCUGUUCUACAAGCAGCUGGUAAUUUAAAAUUAAAAUAUCCUGAUGAAAAUGAAAAUAUUAUUCUCUUACGUUCAAUUAUCGAUGUGAAUUUGCCAAAAUUUCUAGCGCAUGAUAUUCCUCUAUUUCGUGGUAUUAUAUCAGAUUUAUUUCCUGGUGUUAUGUUACCAGAAGCAGAUUAUAGUAUUUUCUUAGCUGAAGUACAUAAAGUAUGUCAAGAAAGAAAUAUACAAGCUGUUAACUUUUUCACUGAAAAAAUUAUACAAACAUAUGAAAUGAUGAUUGUACGACAUGGUUUUAUGCUUGUUGGUGAACCAUUUGGAUCUAAAACUACCGUGCUGCAAACAUUAGCUACAGUGAUGACACGAUUAAAUGAAAAUGGUCACGAUGAAUAUGAAAAAGUAAUUUAUAAAACAAUUAACCCUAAAGCAAUUACAAUGGGACAAUUAUUCGGUGAAUUCGAUCCUGUUUCACAUGAAUGGACUGAUGGUGUAACAGCAAAUACAUUUCGAGAAUUCGCAUCAAACGAUACGCCAGAUAGAAAAUGGGUCGUAUUUGACGGACCCAUUGAUACAUUAUGGAUUGAAAGCAUGAAUACUGUAUUAGAUGAUAAUAAGAAAUUAUGUCUAAUGUCCGGUGAAAUUAUUCAAAUGUCUCGUGUAAUGAGUCUUAUAUUUGAAACAAUGGACUUAUCGCAAGCAUCACCAGCUACAGUAUCACGCUGUGGUAUGAUAUAUAUGGAGCCUUUAUCCUUAGGUUGGCGUCCACUUGUUCGCUCAUGGUUAAAUCGUUUACCAACAUCAUUAACAACUGGUGACACUAAAGAUAUGAUCAAUUCAUUCUUUGAAUGGUCUCUGGACCCAUGCAUGGAAUUUAUACAAACUAAUUGUCGUACAUUAGUAGCUACACGUCAAGGCAAUUUAGUUACAUCGUGUUUAGGAUUCAUUGAUAUGCUUAUUGAAGAUGUAGCUAAUGAAGAAGAUGCAAAUGAAAAUCGUUAUUUACGUUUAUGGUUACAAACAUCUAUUGUAUUUGGUAUUAUUUGGGGUAUUGGUGGUUGUCUAGAUUAUAAUAGCCGACAAAAAUUCGAUCAGUUCUUAAGAAAUUUAUUGUCUGGUACAAAUGAAAAACAUCCUUUACCAAAAGAAUUGGGUCAAAAACUUGAUUUUCCAUUUCCAGAAUCUGGUCUUGUCUAUGAUUAUUAUUAUAAAUUCAAAAGUCGCGGUUCUUGGAGACACUGGAAUGAAAAGAACAAAACUGAUGACCAAGUUUCUGAUAGAAAAAUACGUGAAAUUAUUGUACCUACAAUGGAUACAGCACGUUAUAAAUUUAUAGUUGAUUUAUGCAUGAAGAAACAUCGUCCACUUUUGUACGUAGGUCCAACUGGAACCGGAAAAUCAGUAUAUGUCCAAGAAAAGUUAAUGAGAGAUAUUGAUAAAGAUAAGUAUGUAGCCUAUUUUGUCAACUUUUCUGCUCAAACAAGCGCAAAUCAAACUCAGUUUAUUGUUAUGUCAAAACUUGAUAGAAGACGUAAAGGUGUUUAUGGUCCACCUAUAGGUAAAACAGCUGUCUUAUUUGUUGAUGAUUUAAAUAUGCCAACUAAAGAGAUUUAUGGAGCUCAGCCGCCUAUUGAACUACUACGAAUGUUUAUUGAUCAUGGUUAUUGGUAUGAUUUAAAGGAUACCACAAAAUUAAUAUUACAAGACAUUCAUUUAAUUGGAGCAAUGGGGCCUCCAGGAGGUGGGCGUAAUGAUGUGACACAACGUUUUAUGAGACAUUUUCAUGUAAUCAGUAUGACACCGUUUAAUGAUGAAACUAUGACACGAAUAUUUUCAACAUUGAUGAAUAUUUACAUACGCUCACAAGAAUUUAGUUCUGAGUAUAUAACGGUUGGUCAAAUCAUUGUAUCAUCAACGUUAGAAGUUUAUAAAGCUGCAAUUGAAAAUCUAUUGCCUACACCAGCUAAAUCACAUUAUUUGUUCAAUCUACGUGAUUUUAGUCGUGUUAUCUUAGGUAUUUGUUUGAUACAAAAAGAUCGAGUUGAAAAUAAACAUACAUUCUCACGUUUAUGGGCUCAUGAAGUAAUGAGAGUAUUUUAUGAUCGUUUAACAGAUGAUGCAGAUAGAACGUGGUUAUAUGACUUCAUUAAACGUUGUUUACAAAAUAAUUUUAAAGAGAAAUUUGAUCAAUUGUUUUCUCAUUUGACUACAAAAGAAGGUGAAGAAAUCCGUGAAACACACUUGAGUAGUUAUUUAAUGUUUGGUGAUUUUAUGAAUCCUGAAUCAAUGCCAGAAGAUAGAGUCUAUGAAGAAAUUAAAGAUAUUCAAGCAAUGUAUCCUAUUGUGGAACAUUGUUUAGAAGAUUACAAUAAUGCUAACAAAAAGAAAAUGUCAUUAGUCAUAUUUAGAUAUGUCCUGGAACAUUUAUCAAGAAUUUGUCGUAUUCUUCGAGUUCCUGGUGGUCACGCAUUACUAGUUGGUGUUGGUGGUUCUGGGCGUCAAUCACUAACUAGAUUAGCAUCAGCAAUGGCAGGUUAUACAGUAUUUCAACCUGAAAUAUCUAAAAAUUAUGGUAAAAAUGAAUGGCGUGAAGAUAUAAAGACUUUACUAAGACGAGCUGGUGCAGAAGGUAAAAAUACUGUCUUUCUAAUGACUGAUAGUCAAAUCAAAGAAGAAACUUUCUUAGAAGAUAUAGAUAGUUUACUCAAUUCUGGUGAAGUUCCAAAUCUUUAUAGUUCUGAAGAAAAAGCUGAAUUAAUGGAUAUCAUACAAAGUAGUCUUGCAGCAUCAGGUGGACAUAAAUCAAUUGAUCUAUCACCAUUAGCAUUGUAUGCUUUAUUUGUGGAUAGAUGUCGAGAAAAAUUGCAUGUAGUUAUGGCAUUUUCACCGAUAGGAGAAGCAUUUAGAAAUCGUUUAAGACAAUUCCCUGCUUUAAUUAACUGCUGCACCAUUGAUUGGUUUCAGUCUUGGCCUGAAGAUGGUCUAGUUCGAGUUGCCAAUAAAGCACUUCAAAAUUUAGAUAUGGAAAAUCAUAUUCGUGAAUCUACUGUACAUUUAUUCAAAUAUUUUCAUACUUCAAUUACACCAUUAGCUGAGAAAUUUUUAAUGAAUUUAGGUCGAAAAACUUAUGUAACACCAACUUCAUAUUUAGAAUUAAUUGAUAGUUUUCAAAGAUUAUUAACUCAAAAACAAAAUGAUACAAUGAAAGCUAAAAUGCGCUAUGUCAAUGGCUUAGAUAAAUUAGCAUUCGCUGCAGAACAAGUAGCUGAUAUGCAAAUCAAAUUAGAAGAACUUCAACCUCAACUUGUAUUAGCCAGUGAAGAGAAUGAAAAACUUUUAACUGUUAUAGCUACUGAAUCAGUGACAGUUGAAGAACAACGUGUUAAAGUAAAAGCUGAAGAAGAAAUUGUCAAUCAAAAAGCUGAUGCUUCUAAAGCAUUAAGUGAUGAAUGUCGAGCUGAUUUAGCUGAAGCACAACCUGCAUUAGAAGCGGCUCUUUCUGCAUUAGACACACUUAAACCAUCUGAUAUUACAAUAGUGAAAUCAAUGCAAAAUCCUCCACCUGGUGUCAAACUUGUCAUGGAAGGUGUUUGUGUUAUGCGUGAUAUUAAACCAGAUAAAGUAAAUGAUCCAUCAGGAACAGGUAAAAAGAUUAAUGAUUAUUGGGGACCAUCAAAGAAACUACUUGGUGAUUUGAAUUUUUUAAAUCUAUUGAAGGAGUAUGACAAAGAUAAUAUCCACCCAACGAUCAUGCAACGUAUACGAAAAGAUUUCAUGACAAAUCCUGAAUUCGACCCAACCAAAGUAGCUCGUGCUAGUUCAGCUGCUGAAGGUUUAUGCAAGUGGAUAUUAGCUAUGGAACAGUAUGAUCGUGUAGCUAAAAUUGUAGCACCAAAGCGUAUUAAAUUAGCUGAAGCUGAAGCAGAAUUAGCAGAGAAUAUGGCAUGUUUAAAAAAAACACAAGAUGCAUUAGCUGAAGUUGAAGCUAAAUUAGAAAAUUUACAAAAUCAACUUAAAUCUACACAAAACGAAAAAAAACGCCUGGAAGAUGAAGUAUCAAAUUGUGCAACUAAAUUAGAAAGAGCUACAAAGUUGAUAGGUGGCUUAGGUGGUGAGAAAGACCGUUGGCGUCAAGCAGCUGAAUAUCUUGAAAAAUUAUAUGAUAAUCUUAUUGGUGAUGUACUGAUAUCAGCUGGAAUAAUUGCUUAUUUGGGACCAUUUACAUCGACUUACAGAGAAGAGUGUAUUUCAAAUUGGAUUAUUCAAUGUAAACAGCAAAAUAUCACUUGUUCUGAACCAUUUUCAUUAACUCAAUGUCUUGGUGAUCCGGUAAAAAUUCAACAAUGGAAUAUCGAUGGUUUGCCACGUGAUGCGUUUUCAAUAGACAAUAGUGUUAUUGUAGCAAAUGCUAGAAGGUGGCCACUGAUGAUUGAUCCACAAGGUCAAGCUAAUAAAUGGAUAAAGAAUAUGGAAAAAGAUACAGGAAUCACUGUUGUCAAAUUAACAGAUAAUGAUUUCAUUAGAAAUUUAGAAAAUGGUAUUCAAUUCGGUACACCAAUACUUUUGGAAAAUGUCGGUGAAGAUUUAGAUCCAAGUUUGGAACCUCUAUUACUAAAACAAACAUUUAGACAAGGUGGUGUGGAUAUGAUACGUUUAGGUGAAAAUAUCAUUGAGUAUUCAAAAGAUUUUCGUUUGUACAUCACAACCAAACUAAGAAAUCCACAUUAUUUACCAGAAAUUGCUGUGAAAGUUUCAUUAUUAAACUUUAUGAUUACAUUAGAAGGUUUAGAAGAUCAGUUACUGGGUAUUGUUGUCGCUAAAGAAAAACCGGAACUUGAAGAAGCUCGUCAAGAAUUAAUAAUAACAACAGCAAAUAAUAAACGUAUGCUUAAAGAAACUGAAGACAAGAUAUUGGCUACUUUAUCAGAAUCUGAAGGGAAUAUUUUAGAGAAUGAAGCUGCGAUUGAAAUACUUGAUUCAUCUAAAUUAAUUUCAGAUGAUAUUUUCAAAAAGCAAAAAGUUGCUGAAGAAACCCAAAAGAAGAUUGACAGUGCGAGAAUGGAUUAUUCAUCGAUUGCUAAACAUUCUGCUGUACUCUUCUUUUCAUUAACAGAUCUACCAAAUAUUGAUCCAAUGUAUCAAUACUCUUUAGCAUGGUUUGUCAAUCUCUACGUUAAUUCAAUUCAUGAUAGUAAUAAAUCAAAAAUAUUGGAAAGACGAUUACGUUAUUUAAAAGAUCAUUUUGAAUAUAAUCUGUAUACAAAUGUAUGUCGUUCAUUAUUUGAAAAGCAUAAAGUAUUAUUCGCAUUUAGUAUGUGUAUCAAUAUUGUUAAAUCUCGAGGUGAAUUAGAAAUGAAUGAAUUUAUGUUCUUUUUAACUGGUGGUGUUGGAUUAGAAAAUAAAUUAGCUAAUCCAGCUAAUAAUUGGUUAUCGGAUAAAUGUUGGGAUGAAAUAUGUCGUUUAUCAACAUUAAAAGGAUUUGAAACAUUUCGUGAACAUUUUACAACACAUUUAAAUGAAUGGAAACAAUAUUAUGAUAGUAAAGAACCACAAGAAGAUAAAUUACCUGAACCAUGGGAUAAAUUAGAUGUAUUUAAAAGUUUGAUUAUACUUCGAUGCAUACGUCCAGAUAAGGUAGUUCCUGGUGUAAUGAAUUAUGUGAGGGAGAAGUUGGGCAGGAAAUUUGUUGAACCUCCACCAUUUGAUUUAGCUAAAUCUUAUCAAGAUUCAAGUUGUACCACACCACUAAUUUUUAUUCUUUCUCCUGGAGCUGAUCCAACAAUGGCGUUAUUGAAAUUUGCUACAGACAAAGGUUUCGGAGGUGCACGUUUUCAGUCUAUUAGUCUUGGACAGGGUCAAGGUCCAAUCGCGGCAAAAAUGAUCGCACAGGGUAAACAAGACGGAUCAUGGGUUUUAUUGCAAAAUUGUCAUUUAGCUGUGAGUUGGAUGACAGCACUUGAGAAAAUUUGUGAAGAUAUGACUGUGGAAAAUACGAAUGCAUCAUUUCGUCUAUGGCUCACAAGUUAUCCAUCACCAAAGUUUCCAGUUACUGUCUUACAAAACGGUAUUAAAAUGACAAAUGAACCACCUACUGGUUUAAGACAAAAUCUUUUACAGUCUUAUUUAAAUGAUCCAAUAUCUGAUCCAGAGUUUUUCAAUGGCUGUCCAAAUAAAGAAGUUAUUUUUGAGAAAUUAUUGUUUGGCUUGUGUUUCUUUCAUGCUCUUGUACAAGAACGUAUUAAAUUUGGUCCACUUGGAUGGAAUAUACCUUAUGGAUUUAAUGAAUCAGACUUACGUAUAUCAGUCAGACAGUUACAAAUGUUUGUUAACGAAUAUGAUAAGGUUCCAUAUGAUGCUAUCCAGUAUAUGACUGGUGAAUGUAACUAUGGUGGUCGAGUAACAGAUGAACGUGAUCGUAGAUGUUUAAUGACAAUAUUAUUAGAUUUCUUAUGUCAAAAUGUUGUAAGUGAUCCACACUAUAAAUUUUCUCCAAGUGGUUUGUAUUAUGCUCCGCCCAAAAUGGAAUAUAAUGAAUAUUUGGAAUUUAUUAAAGGUUUACCCGCUAUACAAGCUCCUGAAGUGUUUGGAAUGCAUGGAAAUGUUGAUAUCACAAGGGAGUUGAGUGAAACACGAACAUUGUUCGAUUCAAUUCUACUAACUGUUGGUCAGACAUCAUCGGAAGUGGGUGGAUUUACGGAUUCACGAAUUGAUGCAAUAGCUAAUGAUAUCCUGGGUAAAUUACCAAACGCCUAUGAUAUAUCUGAAGCAUAUAAAAAGUAUCCAGUCAAGUAUGAAGAAAGUAUGAAUACUGUUCUUGUACAAGAAAUGGAACGUUUUAAUAAUUUAACAACAAUUAUCAAAUCAACAUUGAAUGAUCUUAGAAAAGCAAUCAAAGGUCUUGCAAUUAUGUCUGAUAGUUUAGAAUCCUUAGCAACUGCUUUGUCUAUUGGAAAGUUACCAGCUAUAUGGGCACAUCGAUCAUAUCCAAGUUUGAAGCCGCUUGGAUCAUAUAUCAGUGAUCUUAUUGCAAGGUUAAACUUCUUUCAAGAUUGGUUUAUUCAUGAUAAACCAUCAACUUACUGGGUAUCUGGAUUUUUUUUUACACAAGCAUUUUUAACUGGAGUUUUACAAAAUUAUGCACGUCGAACAAAAAUCCCAAUUGAUCUAUUGGCUUUUGAUUUUGAAGUUCGUCCAACACACAAAGAAACUAAAGAUCCUCCUAAUGGAGCUUAUAUUCAUGGCUUGUUUUUGGAUGGAUGUCGUUGGGACUAUGACAGCAUGGAACUUGGUGAACAAUAUCCAAAAAUAUUAAAUGAACCAAUGCCAAUUAUCUGGUUGAAACCUAUAAUUCGUGAGGAACUUGAGGCAUUAUCAACUAAACUAAUUAGAUACAGUUGUCCAGUUUAUAAAACAAGUGAACGUCGUGGUACACUUUCUACAACUGGACAUUCAACUAAUUUUGUUUUACCGAUAUUACUCCCAACAAGUGUUAAUCCAAAUCAUUGGAUAAAACGAGGAGCUGCUCUUUUGUGUCAGUUAGAUGAUUAAACGGAUGUUUGUUUGUUUGUUUUUCAUACAAAAACUAAGUUUUUUUUAAAACAUGUCAGAAACUUAAAACUACCGAUGUAUAACUAGUAAAGAGUAUUUUAAUGCAAACUAAUAUUUACUUAAAAAUAAAUCCUGAAUG